AUGCGGUCCGUGACGAACAUGCCGUUGUUGCCGAGACCCGCGGCGGGGAGCCCGGCGACGCAGGAGGUGCUAAGGCGGUACCACAGCCGGCACAAGGGCCCGGGGCAGUGCGGCUCAGUCAACGUGCAGUACGUGGCGGCGCCGCUGCCAACGGUCUGGUCGCUGGUCCGGCGCUUCGACCGGCCGCAGGACUACAAGAAGUUCGUGAAGGACUGCGAGCUGAGCGCGGGGGACGGCGGGGUGGGCAGCGUGAGGGAGGUGACGGUGGUGUCCGGCUUGCCGGCGGGGACCAGCACGGAGCGGCUGGACACGCUGGACGACGACCGGCACGUCAUCAGCUUCUCCGUCGUAGGCGGCGACCACCGGCUCAGCAACUACCAGUCGACAACGACGCUCCACGUGAGCGGUGGCGGGACGGGGACCGUCGUGGUGGAGUCGUACGUGGUGGACGUGCCGCCGGGCAACACGGCGGAGGAUACCUGCGUGUUCGCGGACACCAUCAUCCGGUGCAACCUCAGGUCGCUGGCGAGCAUCUCGGAGGAGAUGACUGGAUCGCCAGCCGACGGCUGAGCUGAUUCCUCGGUUGAUGGUUACUUGAAGCGUGCAACCCGAGGGACGAAAGCACGUGCUGCUUUCUACCGGUCUCGGUUGCAGUCUUGCGGCGUAAGGUUGUAACCUUGAGGGGGAACAGUAAAGUGCCACUGGUCUGUGUGUGCUUAUACUACGCGUAGAUGUACAAACGAUGCGACUUAGCGUAAUGCUCUUAGGUAGUUUGGUUUGGUUUAAUGACGAUGCG